AAACUUUUGAUUUCAGAUAAUUAUGAAUCUCUCCGAUAUUCCUGAUGAAAGAUUAGGAAUACAUGAAGAUAUACAGAGGAUUGAAGGGAGUUCUGUUGAUAAACAAAUUCUAAAGUUUUUGAUAACAAAAAUUCUAAGCCUGAGGAAUGGAAUGGAAGAUAACCUACUUCUAAUCCAACAAAUCCACCUGAUGGUACAGAAGGAAGGAGAGGAGCAGAGGGGAUUUAAUGAUGUGAUCAAUGCUGCCCAGCAACAUAUUGAAUCCAUUAAUUUAGUGUAUAAUCUAGGAGUAUCUUGGCUUAACGAUGAUCCUGAUUUUGCUCUCAGCAUUAUUCAAGAGAAUCAAGAUCUUAACAAAACGGAGAAGAAUGAUGAUGAUGAAAACCUGAAAAGUCUUGAAGAUUCCAAAGAUAACAUCAAAUGCGAGGUUGAAGAAAUAAAAAUAGAAGUAGAGGAAGUGGAUGCUUCUGCUAGAUUAGACCCAAUAUCCAACCAAGUCCUAAUUUCUCAUGUAAAGGAUGAAUCUGGAACUGAAAUAGGUAAAGUGAUUCUAGAGAGUAGGGAGCCAAUGGAACUCGAAACCUAUCUUAAAGCCAUCCAAUCGAAAGAGCUAAAAUUUCCAUGCACUCUCUGUGAGCAUACAUCUUCAAGACGCAACGGGUUAAAGAGACACAUUUUAGCCAAGCAUACCAAUGUUCGUGUAAGAUGCGAGAAGUGUGACCGAACCUUUAUUGAACCGGCAGGGUUAAGAAGACAUCAAAUUAAAGAACAUCCUGAAUUUGAGACUGAAUUUGGACCGCAGGAAGAGAAAGAGAAAGAUCAAGCAACUGGAAAGAAACGAACGAAAGUCUCCAAGAAACGAAUAUUAUUUCCAUGUUCGUUGUGUGAAUUUAGAUCAUCAAAGAAAGAGAUGAAGGAACAUAUUUCACAGGUUCACAAGAAUAAGCGACUAUCAUGUGAUCAGUGUACUCGAGCGUUCACAACUCCAAGUAAUUUACGAAGACACAAAAUGAAUAUUCACGACGGACUAACGUUUAAUUGUGAAAUGUGUGAAUUCUCUACUCCAAGACCAGAACUUUUAAAGCUUCACAAAGUUCUCCAACACGACGAAACAGGGUUUACUGAAGCCGGAGUUGGUUUCCCAUGUUCUGAGUGUGAAUAUGUCGGAGGUGACGCGUCAUAUUUAAAGAUACAUGUUAGAAAACAUAACAAUGAAUUAGUAAUGUGUGAUCAGUGCGAAUAUGUAGCAACCAGCAAGAGUAAGUUAAAGAGACACAUUGAUAAUAUGCAUAACACAAGUACACUAUACUCCUGUGAGCAUUGUGAGUACAAUACUUACAAUAAACAAACUUGGAAUUAUCACAAAAAGAAUCAUGAGGAACAACAGUAUUUAUGUGACCAAUGCCCAUUUAUCGGUAAGGUGAAAGGUAACCUGAAAAUGCACAUUCAAGUGGUCCAUUCAGGAGUUAGAUUUCCUUGUGAUUCAUGUAAACAUGUUUCUAAAAGUAAACAGCAUUUGAAACGACACAAAAAAGCCGUACACAUGGGGGUAAAAUACCCCUGUGAUUUGUGCACAUUUUCGGCAUCAACUCCAGAAAAUUUAAAAGAGCACAAGGCCUGCAAGCAUGAUGAGACAAAAUAUCCUUGUGAUAUUUGUGAAUAUGUAGGAUCUACUCAAUUUGUACUGAAAAGACACAUGAGGACUAAACAUUGAUUUUCCGGCGGACAACUUCAAGACACAAUAAUCGUCUCUAAUGAUUUUAAAAACUAUUUCUCCUAAUUUGUUGAAAAAUAUUUUUCACAUCUUUCAAGUCGCCGAGCUUUUUUAAA